GGUUCGGAUUCUUUGGUUUCCACGCCAACGAGCGCCUAGCCUAGCCGGCGCAGCCGCAAUCAUACGCCGCGGCACAAUGACAGGCCAGCAAAAUACUCCUUUGAAGGAUCUCCAAGCACUUUCAAACUUCGUGCAAUUCCUCGUCGCCCUUACCGCCGGCAUGCAGACCCGCACUAACGAGAAGAAGCCCAAGGUCGUCAAGUUCCUGCGGAAGUCGAAAUCUGGAGCGAAAGCGGUCCAGCAGCCCAUGACGUUAGAGGCCCAGAGCGCCAUGUGCGAUGCGUGGUGCAGGAUGAUGUUGGGGUCGCACACGGUUGUCGCCACUGUGAACAGCAACGAGUCCGGCGUUGCAUUGCACAGGCCGGCCUUGCAGAGCGCAUUGGAACAAUGCGUGCAGCAUGGCGCCGCCCUGGUUGUGGCGACCGUGGACCGGCUCGCCAGGAACAUCGCCAGAUUUGCUGCAGUUAUGCUGGCCCGGAUCCCCGUGUUCGUCGCUGAGUUCAACAUCAAGGGUGUCAUGGACGGAACGUUGAUGGAACGCUCAUCGGUGUACCGGGCGGCCCUGGAGGCGCACUUGGAAGGCUUGCGCAUCCAGUACAGGAUCCAGACAAUCAUGCCAAUUGUGAAGAGGAAAAAGAAGAAGAUGGGCGGUCGCGCCCACAAUAAAGGCCCGGAGCGGAGGAAACAGAACGCCAUGGCCGAGGCCCGCGCGGUAAAACCGCACAUGAAAGAAUACAUGGCGACCGACGCAGCAUGGACGGCCCCGCGGAUGGCCACAUGGCUCGGGGAGAAAGGCAUCCGGACGGCAAACGGCAAGAAGUUCACGGCCAGGAUUGUGAAGGGUCAUCUGCAGAGGCUCGGGCUGUGGGCGUGACUGAGGACGGGCCCUGCGCGGCUGAGACAAAAAAAAAAUGGCGCCGCCACUUGAAUAUUUUGUUUUUACCAUCUCAGACGGCUGCGCCGCAGUGUGAAGUGCGAGACGGAGAGGCGAAUGGCCGACAACGGCUCGCACGCGACGCGUCCGCGUGCACAGCGUUCCAAGGCGGCGUGACACGAAGCGGC